AUGGCUGACAUUAUUAAUAAAGCUCGGAUCAGACAACGCUCUGUUGUCAUCACCCUACUUGAUCUUAAGAAUGCCUUCGGCGAAAUCCAUCACAACCUCAUUCAAUCCGUACUUGACUAUCACCAUAUCCCUGAUCAUAUAAAAUUUGUUAUAAAAAGUUUAUAUACUGAUUUCCAAACCUCGAUAAUUACCUCUGAAUUCCGCACUCCUUUUAUGACAGUUGGCCGUGGCGUAUUGCAAGGAGAUUGCCUCAGUCCUCUUCUUUUUAACAUGUGCUUCAAUACAUUCGUUCAGCAUUUCAAAGCUGAAAAAUACCGUCAAUUUGGGUUUUCCUUCAAAUUACUAAAUCCCAUCCACUGGUUCCAGUUUGCUGAUGACGCGGCUGUAAUUACUGGCCAAGAAUUCGAAAACCAACAUCUAUUAAAUCGAUUUUCUAUCUGGUGCCAAUGGUCCGAUAUGAUUAUCCGAGUUGACAAAUGCAAGACCAUUGGCAUUAAAAAAGCCAUCACAAAAUCAGUUCAGUACUUGCCAAAACUCCUCAUCGGCAAUCAACUAAUACCAAAAAUCCCUAUUGGAGAAUCAUUUCAAUAUUUAGGACGUUACUUUGAUUUUCACAUGUCGAAUGAUAAUCAUAAAACUGAACUAACCACCCUACUUAAUGAACUAAUGACUGAUAUUGACUCAAAGCCACUGCAUCCCAAAAAUAAACUGCUCCUCUACAGUCGCUACGUCUUGUCCAAGUUAGCCUGGCACUUCACCGUCGCAACACUCUCUAAAACAUGGGUUACUGAAAAUAUCGACUCUAUUGCCAACAAAUAUAUCCGCAGAUGGCUUGAAGUACCAAUAUCAGGAACACUAAGUACUGUCUUUCUAACAAAUAACAAAUUUGGCCUGAGUGUUUAUCCUCCAUCUGUAAAAUUUAUCCAGUGUCAAACAGUCCUCCGAAAAGCUUUAAAAUCUUCUCCUAAUGAAUCAACUAACGACCUGUGGAGAGCAACCAGUAACCAUACUAAUAUCCAACAUGACGCUUAUAACUCUACUAAGGAAGUUCUCAAAGAUUUCCGUUCUGGACACGAAAACAAACUCCUAAACCAAUUAACCAGUCAAGGAUCCUUUUUCUGCAGCGUCACGAAGUUCGCUUUACCUCAGCUUAGCAAGGUGUGGUCCGUCGCCAAAUCAAAGCUCCCGAAAAACAUUUACAACUUUACCAUUCGUUACAUUAACAACUCUCUUCCGACGCGCAAAAACCUAAACAGAUGGGCAAUAUCUUCAAAUUCAGACUGUUCUUUUUGUCUUAGCCCUGAAACAUUACUACACAUAGUAGCUGGAUGUCAGUUUCAUCUCGACCGAUUUACGUGGAGACACAAUUCAGUCCUGCACUUUCUUGCUCAUCAGUUACAAACUGUUGACGGUUCUACUCUCUACGCUGAUCUAAAUGGAUUCAAAAGCCCUUCAAUACUUACUGGUGAUACGUAUCGCCCAGAUUUGUUAUUAUCGUGCUCAAAUGGUUCCUUAUAUGUGGUUGAACUCACCACUGGUUAUGAGACAAACCUCAAAAACAAUGUAAAACGGAAGAAGGAUAAAUAUAGAAAACUAUUGAGACAGCUAGGUAAAAAUUUUAACCAAGUUAAAUUUAUAAAUCUCUCCAUCAGCUCUUUAGGUAUUUUUGCAGAAGAAUGUUAUACAUUUUUAGACAUGUUAGAUAGUAUUGGUCUUGACAAAAACCACCAAAUGUGCUGCGUUAGGAAAAUGAUGACUAUUGCUAUUAGAACUACAUAUUACAUUUUCUGUUGCCGAAAUAAGAAAUGGGAAAAUCCGGAUUUACUAACAAUUUGA